AUGGGACUGGCUGGUAUGAUUGCAACAGGUACAGUGGCUACAACUGCUAUUGCUAUGACGGCUGUUUGUGUACCUUUUAUCACGCCAGGAUUGCGUAAAAUCUGCAUACCUUAUGUUCCAGCCACACCUCGACAAAUGCAAAAUAUUGCCACAGCGUUAGCAGCAUGUCCGACUGAAUUUUCUCCUCUUGUCGAUUUGGGUAGCGGCGAUGGACGUGUUUCUAAGCCUAUUGUCUGA